GUUUUCUGUGAAUAUUUCUAUCUUUUCCCAAAUUUUCUUUGUGCCUUAGAAGCAGAAUGAGUCUCUGGAAUUACGAAAUACACUAGGGAACAAAUGGCAAUGAUAAUAAGGGCCAGUUUAGCACUAUUUAGUAGGAACAGUAGAUGUUCGAAGGUCAGUUGUAAGUUAUCAGAGAUAGGAGGUGGACGUCUCUUCUCUUGCUCCUCGCCUUUAUUCACUUGUUCAGUGACCGCCGCCUUCACAAACAUGUCACCUCCCAAGAAAAUCUGUAUUCUGGGCUCGGGAAAUUGGGGGUCAGCCAUCGCCAAGAUCGUGGGGAACAAUGUGACCAAGUUCGACCAGUUUGACAACGAGGUGAAGAUGUACGUGUACGAGGAGAUGAUUGACGGCAAGAAGCUCACGGAGAUCAUCAACACCACGCAUGAGAACGUCAAGUACUUGCCGGGGAAGAAACUGCCGUCCAAUGUGGUGGCAGUGCCUGAUGUGCUGGAGGCAGCUCAUGAUGCUGAUGUGCUUAUCUUUGUCAUCCCUCACCAGUUCGUCAAGAGGGUGUGUCAGCCUCUUGCAGGCAAACUCAAACCAAACACUGUCGGCAUCUCACUCAUCAAGGGAUUUGACUUGAAGGAGGGUGGCGGCAUCCUGCUCAUCUCCCACUUGAUCAAGGAACUUGUAAAUAUCCCUGUCUCAGUACUGAUGGGGGCCAACUUGGCAGGCGAGGUGGCUGAUGAGAAGUUUUGUGAAACCACUAUAGGCUGCAGGGAUAUAGAAAUUGGCAGGAUGUACAGGGACCUGAUCCAGACAGACUACUUCAGGGUGGUGGUGGUAGAUGAUGUGGAGGCUGUAGAAGUUUGUGGAGCACUUAAGAAUAUUGUUGCAACAGGAGCUGGCUUUAUUGAUGGCCUUGGAUAUGGAGAUAACACCAAGGCAGCUGUUAUUAGAUUAGGCCUGAUGGAGAUGAUAAAAUUCUGUGAGGUGUUUUACCCAGGCUCAAAACUUGGAACCUUCUUUGAGAGCUGUGGUGUGGCAGAUCUCAUUACCACCUGCUAUGGAGGCAGGAACAGGAGGGUGGCAGAGGCAUUCGUCAAGACAGGCAAGACUAUAGAGGAACUGGAGAAAGAGAUGCUAAAUGGCCAGAAGCUACAAGGUCCCUUCACUGCUUUAGAAGUUAACCAUAUGCUCAAGCAAAAGGGUAUGGAGGAAAGAUUCCCUCUCUUCACUGCCAUCCAUCAAAUCUGUCUGAAGGAGCUACCACCACCAGGGAUGAUAGACUGCAUCAGAAACCACCCAGAACACAUGCCUCCAAACUGCUUUAAAAUUUCGAUGGCAUCUAAGGAAUCAUCAGAAAACGAGGCUUAAGCAGAGUGGCAUAUGUGGGGUGCCUGCAUCUGGUGCACCUUUGAUCAGCAACACACCUCUCUCGUCAACAGUGAAUGAAGGGAAGCAGACAAGUCCAAGGAUAUGUGACCCUGUUUUUUUUUUUUUUUUUUUUUUUUUUUUUUUUUUUUUUCUUUCCUUCAUUUUCUUAUUUCAUUUAUUUACUGAGUUUGGUCUUUUUCCAUUUGCUAUGUGACACUGGUGUUUCAUGCAGGUUCUGAGAUUAUUGUGUGUUAAGUGAAGAUAUCUCCCAUUUCUCUGGGUUGUGUUCAGAAUGCUGCUUAUUCAAAUAUCUUAGGGUAUUCUCAGACAAAUGAAGCAUAGAGUGUCAGAAGCAUUUUCAGGAGGUUUAAAAAGUUCUAAGCUACCUAACUGUUUUGCUUCUGGUCAUAAGCUGGUUGAGAAUUACUAGGUUAGGAAAAUAAGUGAUAUUCUGAUAUCCUUUGAUUGUGUAUUAUAUUGUCUAGUGCAAUUAAGUUUUAAGUUUUAGCAUUAUUGUGAAAUAUUUCAAAUAUUUUUAUCGGACAGUUAUCUGAAGGCAACUGCAAAUACUUUUUAACAUCAUGAUAUUAACAAGUAUGUUUUCUAUUGCAUAUCAAAACCUGUUGCUUACUAAUCAGAAGUACAUACCAUAAGGCCAGAGUUUGUCAUAAUAACAGGCAAUUUAUUAGCUCAACAAAAUGAGAGAUGGAUUACGAAGAAAUCAUGUAAUGAAGUGUGGUCAGCUCAUGGAUUGUCAUAAGAAUUUUGAUACAUUUAGUGUUUGUUGCCAUUGUGCAUAUGUGUGUGUGUGUGUGUGUGUGUGUGUAAGAAAGGAUGGGUUGGUGGGUGGGUAAUGGUGAUAGCCAGGAUGCAGUGUCUGUUGCAAAUUUGCCUAAGUGAAUGUUGCAUCAUGUGUUGAUAAAUUGAUAAAUUAUACCAUUAUUGCAAAAAUACAAAAAAUACUGUGUUACUUUAUUGAAGACUUUUCAAUGACUUAUAUAACAAAACUGUAUUCAUUACCUACCUAAGUGUCUGUACACAUAUUUCAACAAAUGUAUAUAUGUGUGCUUAGCUCAAUUUUAGAUUAUGUAUAUGAAUAUCAGGUUUAUUGCCUGUGUUUAUCAUAUUUACUCAUAAAAUGCAUUACUUUAGGUGCCCAUCAUUCUUUUAGUAUGAAGGGCAUAACCUCUUAUGUUACCAAGAAACCCUUGUGAACUCUCAGGUUUCUUCUAGUACAUAUUUAUUGUUUCUUAGAAUCAGUGUGAAGAACAAAAAUCUUUUUCAUAGUCUCCUUGUUUCCUAGAAUAAAUGAGGUUUAGAUGAAAGACAGUCAUACCCUCCCAUUCUAAGCAAAAGACAAGAAGUAUUGGCUGGACAUUUAUGGAGCCAAUACAUAUAUAUAUAUAUAUAUAUAUAUAUAUAUAUAUAUAUAUAUAUAUAUAUAUAUAUAUAUAUAUAUAUAUAUAUAUAUAUAUAUAUAUAUAUAGUAAAAUCCCUCUUAUCAACGGGACUGCCGACAUGCCGGAUACUUGAAUAUUGCCGGAUACUUGAAUAGAAGUGAAAUUAUGUCCACAAUCACCACCCUACACUCACGCAUCUUACCAUAACAAAGAUCAGCUGAUCUUAAUCAACAGCUGAUCUGAUCAGCUGCUUAAGUGUAAGCACAACACGCUUCCUCUUUUCUACAACUUUAGGCAUGAUGAAGGCGUCAAGCGAUAAACAGUGCACACGCGGGACUGAGUCACUGAGUAAACACAGUGCAGUGGGCCGCGGGUGGCACGAAGCAGUGCACUCUGGUGGCGAGGGGACAAAGUAUGCCUCGCGCGGGAAUUUUAAUCGAUUUUAUGAGUACACAUUUGAUUUUUUAUUGAUUUUAAGGCUCUUUGAAAAAUGUGCCGGAUACUUAAAGCUGCCGGAUACUCGAAUGCCGGAUGAGAGGGAUUUUACUAUAUAUAUAUAUAUAUAUAUAUAUAUAUAUAUAUAUAUAUAUAUAUAUAUAUAUAUAUAUAUAUAUAUAUAUAUAUAUAUUUUUUUUUUUUUUUUUUUUUUUUUUUUUUUUUUUCCUUCAUGUUAUCCUUCAGAAUGAUGAAUAGGUACUUCUUUUUUUCCCUGAAUGCAUCAGGCUGAUUUUGUAAAAUGAAUAGCAGAGCAGGGACAGAUGGUUUGCUGAUGAUGUAUUGUAAGUUUAUAUAAUGAGAGAAUUAGGGGAACUGUUACUUUUGUGAUACAUUAACUGGUGAUAUGCAGCUGAAAGUUCCAUUCAGGUAAUUAGAAUGUACAGGUAUGUUUUCAUGAGGAUAUAUUUAUUAAAGCAAAAAUCUGUAGCCAAUGGCUUAUUUCUGUAAAAUCUUAAUAGUCAAAAUAAUAUCUAGAGUAAAUGUUCAGGUCUAGAGAUGCUUUGCUGUAACUUUAUUAGUAUGAAUUCAGUACAUGCAUAGGCUUUAUGAAAGACUUUGUUUUGAUUCACACAACCAGUAUGUUUCAUGAUCUGGGUCCUUUCAAAUUAUUCCUGGUGUGCAUCCCAGAGAGAUCUUCAUUUUAAGUUGAUUUUAUCAUUAAAAAGAAAAAAAUAAGAAUACAUUUUUGACAGGUGUAUGCAAAGAAGUAAACAAUGAUCUGCCUGUCAAUAAUUUGCUUGUGCUAUGAUAUAACUAUUUAUCAUCUGCAGUACUAGUGCUAGAUGCACCUAUUUUAGGAAUUCAAAUUGAAAUGUGUGCUCAAUUAUUUUUAAAUUAUCUAGUGUAUCUAUUUUGUUUGGUGCUAAUCCUGUUUUUUUUUUUUUUUUUUUUUCAUAGUUAACUCUCUCAUUCCCACCAAUGUACCAUUUUUCUAACAUUGGCUAGGAGUGUAAUUCAGCCAGUUGACUGGCAUUUUCAGUGAGCAUUUUAAUGAUUAUUCGGUCAAUAAUUUUAAUUUUGAUUAAUGUAGCAAAACAAUUUGAUGACACUUGUUUUUUGUGCAAUACUCUACUCUGCUAGUCAUUAGAUAUGUACAUCUUGGGUUUUGAGAGGACUAGUUAUUCCAGCAACAAACAGAAUUUCAAAUAUUUAUAAUAUGCUUCAAAAACUCCAGGAUACUGGAGAAUAGCAGAUAGGCUCCCUCAUCCCUAUUCAGGCAUCAUUGAAGCUGGGUUUUCUAGCCCCAGAUCUAAGUACACCAUCUGUAUGUGCUGCUUCAUAACCUCAUGAUUUGUGAGGUACUGCAGAGAUGUUUAGUUAAAGGUGGAUGCAGCUUCAUUACCUUGUGCAAGAUGUAAAGUCCCAUUCUAAGUCUUGUUUAUAUUGCAUUGAUAAUUGAAGGAAGCAUUUUUGUUUAUGUUGCAGCUUUAUAUUACAAAAGGAAAAUGUGCACAAAGUAGACUGCAUUUUUUUUUCUUUUCUUUUUUGUUCACUAUUUGCAUAUAUAUCUAUGCAUGUAGUGACAUUAUCCUGGGAUGUCAAGACUUUAAGAUGCCAUUCACCUUGUGUAUGGAUAUACAUGAAUAAUGACAUCAUUAAUCCAGGUAACUAUGUUUCACUUUAGCAAUUAUCACAAUGACUGACAUCAAGGCUUUCACACACUUAUCAUCCUGCAAAACCCAGCUGUGUAUGUGCAAGUGUCUUAUAUCACUUAAUAUUAUUUUCUGUUAAAUUUUUUAACAUUGUAUAAACCUAUUUCUUUAAGGUAACAAAGUAUGCAAUAUUUGGGGUGGAUGUUGAAAUACAGAUUUGCUGUGGUUGGUA